GCAGAUGAGAUCCUCGACUCAGCCUUCCUCAGAGGGAUGUAUUCCAGACGUCUGCCUGCCCGCUGCUAUGCUGACUUCUGCCACCAGGAGGUGCUAUACCUGGACAGAGUCAUCACCAUGCUGCGGGUGCUGAUCAGAACAGUCCAGGGUCCUCCAGACAUCAUGAUGUUUCUCCAGAGAACACAUCAACGCUACCAGGAGUCACUGAAGAAGGCCCAGAUCCAAACUCCACCACACCUGAACCUGUCCUCCAUCCAGCCCUCUGCAGCUGUGCGUCAGUACCUCCAGAACUUCCAUGACAUUGUGAAUGAGGAGCCCAUUUACUGGCUGGUAUCUCUGCUGCCCAGAGCCCUGCUCAGACCUUACCUGGCACAGAACCUGCCCCUGGGAGAGAGGACAAGACCAGACCCCAGCCCCUGCCUCUACCCCUGGCUAAACCUCUUCCCCUGUCCCUGCUACCAGUGGGGGGGAGAUGACAUGAAGCCAGACCAGAGGAACCAGAAGGAUGAGUCUGGGACAUAUUACAGGCAUCUACUGGAGAAGUACCAGGAUGUGAUAGACGUCUAUAAGGCUGUCAACAUCUUCAGAGUCCAGAUGAUCAAUGAGAAGGCUCUCUUCACCUCCAGCUGGUUUCCCACUGGUGACGAGGAGGAAGAGGAGGACCAACCCAACCUGUGGUCUGUGGAGUCUGGUCCUGACGUUAGGGUGAAGCUGUAGCAGUGCAGCUGUAGAAUACAGGGAGCUGAGUGUGUAAGGCUGUGUGUUGGUUUUCACACUGGGCAGGACUGUUCCUCUUGUCAGACAUAUUCCAAUAUUCUGCUUUUAUGUUAGUAACUUCCCCCAAAUAUCUACUGUUUAAACUGUAUUAAUGCAAUAACACAAUGAAUGUACACAUCUAAUAACACAUUUAAUUAUUGUCAACAAAGGAGCUACAAUAAAAUAAAUAACAUUUAGGUAAUAAAAUCAAAGAAUGAAAA